AUGGCUUGCCUAGAAGAACUAAAACGACACUUAUCUCGAAUGGAUACACCACAACUAACAGAUGCUGCAAUCUUCGCAUACAAGGCUUACAUCUCAGGCGAUAUGAAGGUUAAUUUCUUGCAACAAAUCAACCAGGCGGUUGUUAAACAAAGCCCCGAAAGGCGGACUUAUGACGCACCGAAAUUACUAGAAGUUCUUGCAAUGCAUCACACAAUCACAGAAGAAUGCUUCAAUGCAAUUUGUAGGGACAUAUACCGUGCGGUCGACCUUUUCGAACCUGUGGACUACCAAAGGACAUCACGGGUAUUGGUACGUUUUACUGUACCAUUGAUUCACGUUAUUCAGCGACAGUUGAAGCGAGAAAAUAUGGAAAACCUGAAAAUGGUUAACAUGCUUUCGAAACGCACCAUUGAUCAUUGGGAGGAAUUCUCUGAAUAUCAAUAUCAUUGCGUGGCUAGGGAUUUAACACUCGCAGGCCCGCCAUUUAUGUCACUACUAACGGAUUUGUGGAGCCGUAACAGGUGCGUGCCCAUUACAAUCGUAUAA